AUGCAGAACUGCCUUUGGGCCCUGAGGCAGUGUGAGGCCGGUAUAAAAGCCAGCCCAACUGGUCGCUCUCUCAACCACUUCUGUCACCUCCUUCUCCUUAGGAACCAGGUGAACCACCAGCCCCGAGACAUGUCCUGCUCCGACAAGUGCCAGCCCUGCCAGCCCUGCCAGCCCUGCGGCCCAACCCCGCUGGCCAACAGCUGCAAUGAGCCCUGUGUCAGGCAGUGCCAGCCUUCCACCGUUGUCAUCGAGCCCUCUCCCGUGGUGGUGAUUCUGCCUGGCCCCAUCCUCAGCUCCUUCCCGCAGAACACUGCCGUGGGCUCCUCCACCUCCGCUGCCGUUGGCAGCAUCCUCAGCAGUAACGGAGUCCCCAUCAGCUCCGGGUGCUGUGACCUCUCCUGCAUCACCAGCCGCUACUGUGGCAGCAGAAGGUGCUCCCCCUGCUAAAGCCACUGCUGACAGCCCAGACAAAGAGCCCCAGGAACCCAGAAGACGAUGCCAGACCAAACAACGGAGAUCGUGACCCUUGCUUGGAGAGGGCCUUAGCAUGCCCCACUCCUCUUGCAAAGGGUGUCAACCCUUUGGAAAAGGCCGGCCUGGGCUCUCCAAAAACAUGGCCAAUGCCUCUCAUUCCCUUCCUCCACUCUCUCCUUUCCCUCCUUUCCCUUUCUUGUUUUCUGCUCCCCUCAGCCUUGAGGCCCACCAAAGGCAGCUUGGGGGGACCUGCCUGCCCCUUUCCCUCUGUGGGGCCCUGACACUUGGCCACCCGUGGCGAUCCUUUCACUGUGGCCUCCUCUCAGAAACAUCUUGUUUCCCUCUUUAGACUCAUUAAACUCUGCUGCAU